GAAGUCUCGCGAGCGCCAGGACGCGUUUGUGCGGAGACUUUUGCUGGGGGGGGGGGGGGGGUGUCCGUGGGUUUCCCCGUGGACCGUAGUCAGCCCCGGCGGUCCUGGGGCCCUGCGUCCCCCUCCCGGCGCUUCCCGCAGGCUCCCGACCCGGCCCUCGCAGCAUGGGGGACAAUACCAGCCCCAUCAGCGUGAUCCUGGUGAGCUCGGGUAGCAGGGGCAAUAAGCUGCUCUUCAGGUAUCCCUUCCAGAGAAGCCAGGAGCACCCAGCGUCACAGACAAAUAAACCACGUAGCAGAUAUGCUGUCAACAACACAGGCGACCAUGUUGAUGACCAGGAUGGUGACUCUAGGUUUUCAGAUGUUAUUCUGGCAACAAUUUUGGCAACGAAGUCUGAAAUGUGCGGCCAAAAAUUUGAACUGAAGAUUGAUAAUGUGAGGUUUGUUGGACAUCCGACGCUGCUGCAGCAUGCUCUGGGGCAGGGAGUUGUUUCCAGGGGAGCCCAAGAGAAUGAGUUAACUAUCAACUGUCAACCCCUGAACUUCCUACAAAUGGUCUCCAAAACAGAUCCAUCCCCGAAGAGGGAAGCACCUACCAUGAUUCUUUUUAACGUGGUAUUUGCAUUGAGGGCCAAUGCUGACCCAUCAGUGAUAAAUUGUCUGCACAACUUGUCCCGGCGCAUUGCUACUGUGCUGCAGCAUGAGGAGCGCCGCUGCCAGUACCUCACCCGAGAGGCCAAGCUGAUCCUAGCGCUCCAGGAUGAAGUGUCUGCUAUGGCUGAUGCAAAUGAAGGUCCUCAGUCCCCAUUCCAUCACAUCCUACCCAAGUGCAAGCUGGCCAGGGACCUCAAAGAAGCUUAUGACAGCCUGUGCACAUCUGGUGUGGUGAGGCUUCAUAUUAACAGCUGGUUGGAAGUCAGUUUCUGCCUGCCCCACAAGAUACACUACGCAGCCUCGAGUCUGAUCCCUCCCGAAGCCAUCGAGCGAAGCCUGAAAGCCAUCCGUCCAUACCAUGCCCUGUUGCUGCUCAGUGAUGAGAAGACUCUGCUGGGCGAGCUCCCAAUUGACUGCUCUCCAGCCCUGGUACGGGUAAUCAAGACCACAUCUGCUGUGAAGAACCUGCAGCAGCUAGCCCAGGAUGCUGAUCUGGCCUUAUUACAGGUUUUUCAGCUCGCAGCUCACCUGGUAUACUGGGGCAAGGCCGUUAUCAUCUACCCACUGUGUGAGAACAACGUCUAUGUCUUGUCUCCUAAUGCCAGCGUGUGUUUGUACUCCCCACUAGCCGAGCAGUUCUCCUGCCAGUUCCCAUCUCAUGACCUGCCAUCUGUCCUGGCCAAGUUUUCCUUGCCUGUCUCCCUGUCAGAGUUCAGGAGCCCUCUGGCUCCCCCUGCUCAGGAGACCCAGCUCAUCCAGAUGGUGGUGUGGAUGCUGCAGCACCGGCUCCUCAUCCAGCUUCACACCUAUGUCUGCCUGAUGGCUUCACCCAGCGAAGAAGAGCCCCGAAUGCGUGAAGAUGACAUCCCCUUCACGGCCAGAGUUGGUGGCCGCAGCCUCAGCACACCCAAUGCCCUAAGCUUCGGCUCCCCAACCAGCAGUGAUGACAUGACCCUCACCAGCCCCAGCAUGGACAACUCCAGUGCAGAGCUGCUUCCCAGCGGGGACUCUCCACUUAACAAGAGGAUGACUGAGAACUUGCUGGCCAGCCUCUCAGAGCAUGAGCGGGCAGCCAUCCUUAAUGUGCCUGCAGCCCAAAACCCUGAGGACCUCCGCAUGUUUGCCAGGCUCCUUCACUACUUCCGUGGCCACCAUCACCUGGAGGAGAUCAUGUACAAUGAGAAUACUCGGCGCUCCCAGCUGCUCAUGCUCUUCGACAAGUUCCGCAGUGUGCUGGUGGUGACCACCCAUGAGGACCCUGUCAUUGCUGUCUUCCAGGCACUGCUCACAUGAGCCCAGGCAGCGUGCUGGGUGUGUAAAUGGGCACUAGCCUCUCCCAACCCCAGAGCUCCUGCCUGGUCUGAGCUUUAUUCCUGAGGCCUGGCAUUGUAUGUAUAGGUAGCCUCAGCCUGAAUGAAGGCCCACAGAGCCCCUGUUCUUUCUUGCUCUAAGUCUGGUCAGUAGCAUCUAAUCUAAGGAGCAGGCCCCGUCUAAGGGUCUUUUUUUUUUUUUUUUUUUUUUUUUUGAGACAUGAUCUACUGAAGCCCAGGCCUCAGGAUUUGCUAUGUAGCCAAGUAUGACUUUGAACUGAUAUUCCUGUCUCUGCCUUCCAAGUGCUGAGGUUACAGGAGUAUGCCACCAAUCUUUUUUUUUUUUUUUUUUAAAGAUUUUUAUUUAUGUGUGUGUAUCUGUGUAUCCGCCACAUAUAUCCAAGUGCUUGUAGAAGCUUAGGAGAGGGUGUCAGAUCCCUUAGAACUAGAGUUUCAGUUAUGAGCUGCCUGUCAUGGGGGCUGGGAACUGAACACAGGUCCUCAUGAAGAGCAGGAAGCACUCUUAACUGCAGAGCCACCUUUCCAGCCCUACCAGUUUUACUCUUCAAUCUGGUCCUUACAGUACCUUAACAUCACUGAGUUGGAGAAGGCCUUCCAGGACUUGUGUGUAAAGCCAUGCCCUUUAUACCCUCAGGGGCUGUCUUUCUGAACCCCUUUCCAACCUGCUCCUUAUGUUGGCUACCCUGAAGAAUGUGGACAGAACACUAACUUAUUCUUGCUUCUCUGGUAGCAGUUAGUAUAUAAGGUCUAAGCACCUGGCCCAGCUUUCACCACAACCCUGCAAAAGCCUAGACUAUCAGGCUCUGCCAAGCUGUUACCCCAAUGUUACCAAGAUGGUAUACUGAUCAUUUCAGGUAUAGAGGCCUAGGCUGGCCCAGCUGGGCUAGUGCAUCCCUGUCACCUGAGCACAUCCUAUACUAAGGGAUAGUUCAACCCACUGCCUAGGAUCCCUGCCCUGGUUUUAUGUUUGCACAUUGAUGAUUCUUCCCAUACUGGGUGCCCUGGCCUCCUAGCCUGGAGGAAGAGCUAGUUACAUGUGCAUAUUUGCUGGAGAGAUCUGGCUGAGACAUGGAUAAUUCCCUACAAACAAGAUAUUUAUUCUGUGUUUAAACAAUUAAAAAGCUUGUCAGAGCA